AUGUUCCCUUCAUCGUUGGUGCACCAAGUUCCUGAAGGUCACGUCGGAGCGUAUUGGAGAGGUGGUGCUCUUCGAACAUCAUUACAGAACCAGAUUCAUCAUGAGAUCAACCAGUUUUGCAGCUCUCAUUCCCUUCAGCAAGUCGACAUUGACAACUUUGACCAGAUUGAUGGGAAAAUGAAAGAGGCUCUUCAGGCUGAUUUCACACGUUAUGCUCCAGGUAUUGAGAUCAUUAGAGUGUGUGUGACAAAGCCGAAGAUCCCAACGAGGGUAAGACGUAUGGAAGAGGAACGCUCUAAGGUACGUUCUGUAAUACAUGAUAAAGAGGUAGGAAACUGUUUACAGAAUUGGAACUUAAUGGUUUUGAAUGUGUUUAUUGCUAUUGAGAAACAAAGGGUUGCUGAGAAUGAGGCGGAUACAAAGAAACUAAUGGCCAUUAGUGAAGCCGAGAAUAACACCAAUGUUAGCAAGAUUCUGAUGCAACAGAAGCUGACUGAGAAAGACAGAUUACGGAGGGAAGCAGACAUCGAGAAUCAGAUGUAUCUUGAUCGUCAAAAGAGUUUCACCGAUGCAGAUUACUACCGGUAA